GAGAAUCAAUUACAUAAGUGUUAUCAAGAAGCAAAGAAAGAUGAUACUAACGAAGGGAUUUGUAUUAAUAGUACUUGCACUGGUUUACGCCGAGGGAUCUUCCCUACACGAAGGCUCCAAGAAAACUCCUCCUAAAUCAGAAAUAAUGUUAAGAAUAAAGAGGCUUUUACACAUGCUACGUGAAAAAGAACAAGAUUCCGUAGCAAGAGAAGUCCCCAAACACCAUUCACUUAUCUCAGGAAGAGAAAGAAUGCUGGAACGACGAAAAAAGCUAGAGCAUCUGCUUGAAAGAAACCCUGGUUUACGGAAACUACUGAAAGCUUAUCUUGAAAGGCGUAAAAAGAAAGAAAUGUUGSUAAACGAUCCUCAGGUUGGUUGUCUUCCUGGAAUUUUCUAUUGUCGCGACGAGAGUCUCAACGAAAGGUUAACGAGAAAACGAGCAGCUUUGAAGAAAAUUCUUGAAAAGAAGCAACGAGAUUCAAAUGGUUACUGCCCGCCUGGAUUCUUCUACUGUCCGGAAAAUAGCGACGAGUCAGACGAAUCUCAACAACAAGAGCAAGAUCGUCUUGAUUUACUCGAUGCAAUGUUCCCGAAGAGGAGUCGUACUCAUCAAAAAACCAAAGAAAUGGAAGAUCUUGAUGCAAUUGUAAGGCUUGCUAACAAGAAGAGAGUAUCACAAGAUCAUCGAGUAGAAGUUGUGAGAAUACCGGCUUCUGUUACAAAAGUGGAAGAGUCAGACGAAGCCAGAAAAUCUAAGUCUACURCACAUGGAGAAGGACUGGCUGAUGAUCUGGUAAAAAGUUUGCAAGACACUGGAAAGCAAAACGAAGAGAAAAAAUCCAAAGUAAAGGAAACGAGCAUGAACUUCGAUUUGAAGCAACUGGUGGAUCUCCUUAAGGAAUGACACAAAAGAUAAGAAGUUUAAUCUACAAUUAAGACAUUAUAUGCCACGUGUAAUAAUCGUUCUUGUUACCUCAAAGUGGCUUAGUGGUAGUUGCAACACAUUCAGGCUCAACAUGGGCAAAUAUUAUUUAAUGUUAAUGUUGUUUUCAGAAGUAUUUACUUUAAAACAAUUAAUGAAUCAGUACCGUGCGGUUUACACAGAACGAGUGAAAGGUUGGACACAUACUCUGAUCAAUUAUAUUAGUUUACGAUAAGAUGAUCUUGAAAAAAAGUGAGAAACGUGUAAAACUUUAAGAAAACAAUUGGAUUGGCGUUUGUUUUUGCUUAGUUUUAAUUAAAUAUAAUUUAGCGAUGCUAGAGUAUAUUAGAAAUAUUGAACAAUAAAUAAGGCACAAGACUWUGAAGAAAUUCUUAUACAGACAUCGAAACUAAUUAGUUAUUUGUAAUACGCUUUAUAGAGUGGUUUUAAACCCGUUAAAUAAUUACUAGAGUAACAUACAUUCGUGAAUUGUAAAUGGUAUUAAGUUUUUUUUGACAACAACUCAUUUGUUUUCGUUUCAUUGUCUGUUAUUUAAUUCUUUUUUUUUAAUAUUAAUGUAUACAUGAUUAAUACAUAGGCGAUGUUUCCAACCCUUCAUUCGUUUGCGUGGGAUGGUCUAAAGGCAAAAAAUUAUCGAUUAUUUCGCUUUACCCCUAGAGGUUAUUUACCAGUCUGACAAGUAGAAACCUGACAUUCAUAACCUCUGAUUUGUCACGCAUGAUACUGMGUUACGUAAUGCAAACCGUGCGCUACAGUCACGCUGGUAAUGGCUUUGUUGGAUUUUAAUCAAUAUGAAAGCGUUUGCCUGAAUGUGCAUAUUGGAAUUUUUGGCGCGAAUGAUAGAAUCAUUGAUCAAAUGAUUUCUAUGUUCAUAUAUCGGUUUUAUCUUCUAUAAUAAGAGCCUGAUGAUAAAUUAAAGAUUAGUCGAAGAGAUCUGCAGUCAUCAAUAAGCAAUGUGGGAUAAAAGCGUAUACGAGCAUGCGCAAGUCGAUGCACUCGAGCUUUGAACAUCAUCCCAAAUGGCUUAGUGAUAGACAGUGCUUCUAUGAAGCAGUAAACAAUUCUCUUUAUUUGUUUAAUCGCUCGUGUAUUAUUUACCAAGUGUCAAAUAUAAAUUAAAAACAACGAGUUUUUAAACUCAUAAAAUGUAUAUCCGAGCUCUUAGGAGAAUCUAGUAAAACUGUGAUAGUUUAAGAUGGCUAUUGAUGGUUAUUGCUUGGUUUCAAUGGAAAUAAUAAUAGUUGAAAAACCUC